CUCCACAACUAGAAAUUCAAGAAUCUGGCAAUGCCUACUUUAUACUUUCUACUUUCUACUGUAGCAACAACACCUCUUCACAACUUACCAUUUUCAAGUACCGUUCAGGGCCGUCAACACCAGGACAAACGAGCGAAAAUCUCCAUAUACGCACUCUUUACUCUUUUCUUCUUCUGCCUCCACACAAAACGCACACAUACAACACAGUACAAGCUUCCGUUAUAUAGUCAACAAUCAUUUUAACACCAACGACCGUUCCACACUCCUUCAAAAUUAUACCAUUACACACAGCACUUGCCGAUAAUGGAUUGUGUGCAGACACGAUGAUUGAUGGCAGCAGCAGCACGGAAUACAGUCGCAACAGCAACGAAGGGUAUGGUUUUUCUGGAGAAAAUACUCAAGAAGGACAGCAGCUCAUGGUCGAUAACAACAGUGACUAUGGAGUGUCUAAUAGCGAACAACAGCAAAUUGAUGCAGAAGGGUCUUCAGGAACAACGGCCGUGAAUAGGUCACAGGCCGCGUUUGUAAACAAAUUGUACAAAAUGCUGGAAGACUCGUCGAUCCAUCAUCUCAUAUCAUGGUCUCAAAACGGCGAUCUAUUCAGCGUCACCAAUCCUACAUCGUUUUCUAGGACAGUUUUACCACAAUAUUUCAAACACAAUAAUUGGCAGAGCUUUGUUCGUCAGUUGAACAGUAAGUGCCAACCUGUUUCUUUGUUUUGAUGUGGGAACGCGAAAAGAAAGCGGAUAUACCGGGCGGGGCGUGUAUAUAUGCGUGUCAGAAGCGCCGAAAGAGUAGAGAAAGAGAGGAACAUUUGCUGAUCGCACACGCGUCGUUGCCUAAUUGCUGUUGCUGCUGCUGCUGCUGCUGCUAGUGUAUGGAUUCCACAAGGUCAAC